CGGAACUUCCUGCUUUGCGCGCCGCCGGGCCCAGCAACAGAGCCCGCUCCUCCAGGGUGGAGGGGCGGUGCGAUGCGGCGGCUUCUCUGCCGGACGUCAGCGCGGGAGGUGGCUCCGCACGCCUGAGGUGCGGCGCUUUUCGCCGCCGCCGCCGCCGCCCUCGGACCCCUCUUGGGAUACUUCACAUUUCCUUAGGGACUGGAGCCCUAGGGGUCCGCUCGGCCCUCCUCCUCCUCUUCCUCCUCUUCAGCUUGCGCUUAAAAGUGAAGAGCGAGGCGUGGCGGGCUGGGCCGACACCCCGCUGUGGGACCAUAACCCUUGUCCCAAUGCCUCCGUGAGCAAAGUUGAGUGGGUGCCGGUGGUUGGAGCUGUGGAGGUGUCUUUGGGGGCGAGCGCGGCCAGAACUCCGGUCACGUCAGAUGAAGUGUGCAGACUGUAUUUAGGAACAUUCUGAAAUAAUAGUGAAAUACAAUUUAGAGUUCCAUGCAGCACUGGGAGAUUGAAACACUGAUUAUUCACAGAUUAAGAAGAUCUGUGAACAGCCAUUAACUACAUGAAAAAGUGCUUCAGGAAAACAUAAAACCACAAGGAGAUACCACUUUACACCUCCCAGAAUGGCUGCAAUUAAAAAGACUCAACACCACAUUAUUACCCACACAACAGGUAUAAUUUGGCCUCCUGAGAUUCUACCUUAGCAAGAAAGGAGUGGGAGAUACUCUUGGACAGAAAACUAAAAUAAUAAGAAAGCCAAAACUUAUUUUUACAUGGUUGUCAGCACAUUUACCGAUAUGGACACUUUUCCCAAUAAUUUGCCUCCUGGUGGAGACAGUGGAUUGACAGGUUCUCAGUCGGAGUUCCAGAAAAUGUUAAUUGAUGAAAGGUUACGAUGUGAGCACCAUAAAGCUAAUUAUCAGACUCUGAAAGCCGAACACACAAGGUUGCAGAAUGAAUAUGUAAAGUCACAAAAUGAACUCAAGCACCUGUUAAAUGAAAAGCAAAUUCACCAGGAAAAACUUCAGCUGCUCCUUCAAGAACUAAGAGAAGAAUUAGUAGAGAAAACUAAAGACUUAGAAGAAAUGAAACUGCAGAUAUUAACUCCACAAAAAUUGGAAUUGCUAAGAGCCCAAAUACAACAAGAAUUAGAAACUCCAAUGAGAGAACGUUUUCGGACUCUGGAUGAAGAGGUGGAAAAGUAUAGAGCUGUAUAUAAUAAGCUUCGCUAUGAACAUACAUUUGUGAAGUCAGAAUUUGAACACCAGAAGGAAGAGUUUGCACGUAUUUUAGAAGAAGAAAAAAUAAAAUAUCAAUCAGAGAUUGCAAGACUGGAGGAAGAUAAAGAAGAACUGCGUAACCAGCUGCUUAAUGUUGAUCUCACAAGAGACAGCAAAAGAGUGGAGCAACUUACUCGAGAAAAAGUCUGUUUGUGUCAAAAAUUAAAAGGUUUAGAGGCUGAAGUAGCAGAAUUAAGGGCUGAAAAGGAGAAUUCUGGCACUCAGGUAGAAAAUGUCCAAAGAAUACAGGUGCGGCAGUUGGCUGAGAUGCAGGCUACAGUCAGGUCCCUGGAGGCUGAAAAACAGUCAGCUAAGCUACGGGCAGAACACUUGGAAAAAGAGCUACAAUCAAGCAAUGAACAAAAUACCUGUUUAAUUAAUAAAUUGCAUAAAGCGGAACGAGAAAUAAAUACAUUGUCCAGUAAAGUAAAAGAACUUAAACAUUCAAACAAACUAGAAAUAACAGACAUCAAACUGGAGGCAGCAAGAGCUAAGAGUGAGCUAGAAAAAGAAAAGAAUAAGAUUCAAAGUGACCUGGAUGGACUACAGUCAGACAAUGAAAUUCUCAAAGCAGCUGUUGAACACCACAAAGCACUUUUAGUAGAAAAGGAUCGUGAAUUAAUACGUAAAGUACAAGCUGCCAAAGAAGAAGGUUAUCAAAAACUUGUGGUAUUGCAAGAUGAAAAGUUAGAACUUGAGAACAAAUUAGCAGAUUUGGAGAAAAUGAAAGUGGAACAUGAUGUCUGGAGGCAAUCUGAAAAAGAUCAGUAUGAAGAGAAAUUGCGGGCUUCACAGAUGGCAGAAGAGAUCACCAGGAAGGAACUUCAGAGUAUUAGGUUAUAUAGCAUAUACAUUUAAAAUUUUUCAUGUUGAAAUAAUGUCAGAGUUAACAAAAUGAUGUACAAGUAGUUCAAAGAAUUCCCAUGUGCCCUUCACCCUGAUCUCUCAAAUACGAAUAUGUUAUGUAACCAUAUUAUAGUAAGAUUAAGAAAUUAACAUGAGGCUGGGCAUGGUAGCU